CCAUGCUAACAAGUUCUGCUUCCCCCGGGAACAACUUUCUGCCUUUAAUGUCAACGUUUUGGCACGGCAGGCUGAGAAAUACGGGUUUAAUUUGACCGUCCCCGGCGACUGGGACCCGAUCAGGGAUCUAAACAUUAAUUGACAAGAGGACAAAUCUUUUAAGCCUGAAACGAACCUCCUGUCGGUCCUUUUGGAUCAUGGCUAAAGAUGGUGGUCUGAUUGAAACGAAUGGAGAGCUGAAGGUUUUCAUCGAUCAGAAUAUGAGUCCAAGUAAAGGUGUCCUGUCCUUGGUUACGGUCCAGCCUACCGCUGGCACGGUGGCCAAACAGCUUCUACCCAAAACACUUGGGCCGUCGAAUGUGAACGUGGCCACUCAUAUGCAACACGUGGUGAUUGGGACGCCCCAAAGGGCGACGGUAUCAAAUACAAUUCUGGUAAACAGUCCGCACACGCCCAGCUCCCAGUUCCUCACCCAGAGUCAGGCGCCCGAUGCCUCCCCUUGGUCCUCAGGAAAACGUGGCAAGAAAGGGGAGAAGAAUGGAAAAGGCUUGAGGCAUUUCUCCAUGAAAGUGUGUGAAAAGGUGCAGAAGAAAGGAGUGACCACGUAUAACGAGGUGGCCGACGAGCUGGUGGCCGAAUUCAGCUCCGCAGACAACCACAUGUCACCGAAUGACUCGCAUGUCUAUGACCAGAAGAACAUUCGACGGCGUGUUUAUGAUGCUCUUAAUGUCCUCAUGGCCAUGAACAUCAUCUCAAAAGAGAAAAAAGAGAUCAAGUGGAUUGGCUUGCCGACCAACUCGGCGCAGGAGUGCCAAAACCUCGAGGUUGAGAGACAACGGCGGUUGGAGAGGAUUAAGCAGAAACAGUCGCAGCUUCAGGAGCUCAUAUUGCAGCAAAUAGCUUUUAAGAACCUCGUUCAGAGGAACAGACAGACGGAGCAGCAGGCGAACAGACCUCCGCCCCCCAACUCCAUCAUCCACCUUCCCUUCAUCAUCGUCAACACCAGCAAGAAGACAGUCAUCGACUGCAGCAUCUCCAACGACAAGUUUGAAUAUUUGUUCAACUUCGACAGCAUGUUUGAAAUCCACGAUGACAUCGAGGUGCUGAAGCGCAUGGGCAUGGCCUGUGGCCUGGAGAUCGGGAAGUGUUCUCCGGAGGACCUGAAGGUCGCGCGUAGUCUGGUGCCUAAGGCCCUGGAGCCAUAUGUUAUAGAAAUGGCAAAAGGCCCGAUCAGUAACGUGUACAUCACUGGAGGAACCGCUGCCAACGGGACCCGCUACAACGCCAGCAGUGACGGCUGCACCGACGGCACCAUGGCGUCCAGUUCGAACGACUCUCACUACAGCGGCUCCCGCGUGGAGACGCCCGUGUCGUACAUGGGGGACGACGACGACGAGGACGAGUACGACGAGAACGACGACGAGGACUAACCGGCCGCCGCCUUUGCCGACGCCUCACCACUCCCAACAAGCACAGUCCUUCAAACCACAGUCACUGUGGGAGUUUAGUCCCGUCUUGAGUGUGCUUCUCCAACCUGCCCCCCCUCCAACCCCCCACCCGUGUUUCUCUCUGGCUUUCUCAGGGGUGUAGAUGAAUCUUGAAAGAACAGAGGUGUUUUGUUUUUGUCCUCCACGCCCGUCUCGUUCUGCCCCGACUCACUCGCCGCCGCGCCGGGGGAGAGGCGUCCACCUGAAGGGAACCGCAGUCUGGGACGCUGCCACCCGAAGCCUUCGUAUUUCUGAUCCACUUUUCAAUAAGCCAUCCCGCUCGGAGAAACUAUGUAAAACAUGCCGCUUUUUUGGGGGGGGGAAUGUAAAAUGUUCCAGUUUGAAUAGUCAUUCAAGUUAUUUUGUAAUUACCGUCGGCAGACAAACAUUAUGAUCAAAAUGUUCCCGGAAGCGUCUGCUUCAGCGCAACAGAUGGGUCCUGAGCGGCCGGAUACGACGUCUGCGGCGUCCCCUGGACGGGGCCACACCCCAUCUGUUGACUUUUGUUUUGUUUUUUUUUCUUUUGGUUUUGUUUGGCGAAGUGAUUUGAGAUAGUUUUGUUUUCCUUACCCCAGUUAUAUUGGGUUGGCUUCCUUCUGUUCUCUAGGCAGCUGCUUUUGGAUCUUGUUUGCUAGUUGUGGUUUGUUUUUGUUUUUUGUUCUUCUUCCCCUCGGAGUUCAGGAAUCCCCCAUCACCGCCCUAUUAACACCUCGGUAGUGUUUUUACGGAAUAAUGGCAUCGGCACGGUAAAGACUCGUAACCCAGGCUCUCCUGAUAGGUAAAUAAGCUUCGUUUGAUAAUGACGUAUAUAAAUCCUGCGGCGGUUCGUAGCUGAUAGUAUUCUUUAGCGGCCAGUGGUAAAGAUAGACCUUCAAAAAUUAUUGAUGUAACAAAACGUGUGGUUGUAUAGGUCUUUGUGUACUCCCUUCAAAGAUCUCCCUUUUAAAACUGAGCAAAACACUUGUACUGACUCUUCCAAAAACCUUUUCUGUAAUCUAAUAUAAGUUUGCAAAUUAAAAUAUA